UUCGCUUCCAAGAAGAGUGGUGGUUCUACAAGUAAAACCAAAGACUCUCACUCCAAGAGAUUAGGUUUAAAGAGAAGACAAGGAGAAAGAGUUAAAGCUGGAGAAAUUCUUAUUAGACAAAGAGGAAAUACAUAUUGGCCAGGAUACAAUGUUCUUCAAGGAAAGGAUUACACUCUUCAUGCUUUGAGAGAUGGUUGGGUUCAAUUU